AUGGUACAAAUCAACUCCUUCCUGUUCCAAUUCACACCCCAUUACUUUCACUUACACCACUAUUAUCUGACUUCCACCUGCACUACCAAGAAAUGUGGCAAGGGUAAGGCUGAAGAGGAGAAGUCACCAUCUACCAUCAAGCACAAGGCAGAGCUUGCUCUCCAGAAAAAGUAUCUCCCCCAAUUCACCAAGUCACUCACCAAGCUUCUUGGCCAACCAACACAAUUCCAUGAAUGGCCAGUGUUGAUCUACCUGCAUGACUUUACCAUCCACAGUGUGGACAUUCCUCUCAACAUUGAGGAUGCAGCAACUUGCCUAUCAAGGUCUUACAGCGUCAGAUUCUACAUCUCCUCAUCUCCCUCCAACAUUGCCAAUGCCAUCACCUCACUCAAGUCACACUCCACCCUCCAGGUCUUCCACCUACUCCACUUCUACUACAGCUCCCCAACUUACUCCCACUCCAUGCCCACCUCCAAACGUGGCUUUGAUGUUCUCAUCUUCAGCCACAAGAGGGUUAACAUGCUGCCAUCUGGCAUCCUCUGGCCAGCGACACCAUCCCCAAACCCUUCUGCUAUCUGCACCACAUCCCCAUCCCACACCCAAUGUGUGAGGUUGUCCACUCUGCUCCUGCUUUCCUCACUGCUCAAUCAUUGGACCGCACCCCACUUCACAUCAGCCUCUACAGCUUCCUCAUCCAGAGCUUAG